AUGGUCGAGUCGGCGCCAGAAGGCCUCGCCACAUGGCUCCGUGCGACAGACCACCAAGCGCCGGCCAAACCGAGUUUUGAUGAGGCGGCUUAUUUGAUUCGGCGCUUUUUUAUAGCCACAAAUUGUGUGCUGGACCUCUUUGAUGAGAGUGACCUCCUCGAUAAUCUUGCGAAUUGGCUUGAUAGCCAAUCGGACCACACCUCUGUUCUGAGUGCAAUAUACUACCUCGUGUUCGCCAUAGGGGCCCAGACAUGUCCAGAGGACAAAGACGCACUGGCUAGCGUCUACUUCGACUAUGGUCGGUAUCUCACGGCAUCAUUUUUCAUGGAAGAUCCCAGUAUUCCAACCGUGCAAGCGUAUGCCAUGAUCACAAUGUACCUUCUUGGGGCAUCUCGAAGAAAUGCUGCAUUCAUGUAUCUGGGAACAGCCGUUCGCGCCGCCUAUGCCCUUGGGCUACACCGGUCUGACAUCGCUGGGCUUUUUACUCCGGCCGAGAUCAAAACGCGGGAGAGGGUGUGGAAAGUCAUGCGAAUUCUGGAUCUUUUCAUGAGCGCCUCGUUAGGAAGGCCUCCAUCGACAGAAGAGACACGUAACACAGAGCUGGACGAGAAUUACUCACCAUCAGUAGAUUUAUGCGCCAUUUUCGAAAGGAUCUUGACCGAUAUUUACGCGAAACGCAUGAUAUCCACCGACACACUCCAGAAGAUCAGUCAGCACCAUCGUCGGUGGACAAUGCGCUUCCACAGAGGAUUGGAUACCGACAGCAUCAAGGAUGAGGAAUUCCUCGAGGGCCGACUCCCAAAUAUUGGCCUGAUACACGUCCACGAGGCAUAUUACUGGACAAUAAUACUUCUCACACGGCCGUUCUUCGUGGAAUAUAUCUCCAGUCGCAUUGCCUUAAAGUCGCAGAAUUGCAGUGAUGGAGAAAGAAGUCCUGACCCUCUCAGGUCCUCUCACCGAAUCCAGGUCCAUGCCUGUGUUAACUCUGCGAUAAGCACAGUCAACAUGCUGAGAAAGUUGCUUGGGUUUGAAGGGAUACCGAAGAGGCUCCCUUUUGUUGUCAAUUCGAUCUUUGUUUCAGGUCUCGUUCUGGGUUUGUCCUACUUUGGCGACUUGUACAAGAUAUAUCCAUUAGAUGACAGUCUUGGAACCGCACUGAAACUACUUGCCCUCUUUCCGCAUGAUGCAGUCGCAAAAAGAAAUCUGGCGAUUCUGCAGUCGCUUCUGGAUGCCUGCAGGAUCUAUGUCAGGAGGGCAGCAAAGGAGAAUAUGGCCAUACACUCUCAACUGGUGACUGGCAUGUUUGGACAGAUCCACAGGGAGGAUUACAAGGAAGAUUCGAACACGACGAAUACUCCAGAAGAUCAAUGUUCUGUCGACAACACCGAAGUCCUCCUCACCGCAACGAAUGUACUCAACCGUACAGGACCACACGACGCUACAGACCAGGGACUGAUCAAUGUGUCCACUGGGCUCAACAACGAAAAUGUCGGAUUGAAUACGCAUCAUCGAAUGGAAACUAAUAACCUCAAUCUAGAGGCGAACGCUGAUCAUCCCGACUUCCAAGACGACAGUUCUCUAUUGCCUGCGAUGUCUCCGCGGACAUUAUGGUUCGGCUCUUACGAAGACAAUGUUCCUCUGUUUUCGAUGAUCGACGCGCGAGAUUUUCUGGGAUAG